CAGAGAUUAUAGAGAGAGCCAGCAGCUGCUCGGAUUCUCAUCUCUGUACCAGCCAGAUUUGAGCAGCAUGGAGGAUAUGAACCCAGAUCUCAGAGAGAUUAGCCAAGUUGAAAAUUAUUUUCUUGCUCCUCAUCUAUUUUCUCCAAAUGAAAAUGAAAAGAGUCUCGUCAAGCUGCUGCAAGGACUGGUCAGGAGUAUUAAAUGGAGACCUGAAGACGUCAGUGAAUUGCUCAAUGCCCUUCUGCAGAGAUUUGAGUCGGUGUGUAGAAAUGACAGAUCACAUCUCCUCACAUGGUUGCUCCAAAUGUUGCACUACAUUGAAGUUAAUUACAUCACACCCACCUGGAGAUCUAAUUCAGGAAGAAGCCUUCUAGAGUUGGUCAGAGACACGGCAAUGACCAAUGAAGCGCUCAAGGCCUGUUUGGGAGAUGAUGAAGACAAAACCUUGGAUGAGAUCAUUAAAGAAAUCCGAGAUGGAGACUUUAACCAAGUUAAUAAUGAGCUGUUGGCCGAGAUCAGAGAUAUUGUCUCAUCAGUUCAAGCAGAUCUUAAUUCAACCAUUUCAGGAUCGCAGCUGACUGGCCUGAGAAAAGUCUUGCUGAUUCUUUGUAAAGUUGCAGAAAAAACUCACUUCAGACCACGGCUGACCCAGAUGGUGAGUUGGUGUCUCAUGGUUCUUUCCAAGACGGGACGCCUCAUUCAGGUUGGCACUGGAGAGGGGAAGUCCUGCAUUGUGGCCAUGUUUGCAGCCUAUCGAGCUCUGAGAGGAGAGAAAGUCGACAUCAUGUCGAGUUCAUCUGUUCUAGCAGAGAGAGACAUGAGAGAAUGGAAGAAAUUCUAUGAUGUUUUAAAGAUCAGCGUGGACUGCAACAUCAACAAGCAAGACGAAGACUCAAAAAAGUGCUAUGAGAGCCAGAUUGUUUAUGGUACGGUUGAUGAAUUUGCAGGAGACUGGCUGCGGCAUCAUUUUCAUAGGAAAGACAUAUUUGGCCAGAGGACAUUCCAGUGUGCAAUUGUGGAUGAGGUGGAUUCCUUGAUGUUGGACAAAGGCCAUCAUGUUGUCUACCUGAGCAGUGACAUGCCUGCUUUGCAGCAUCUCAACCCUCUCCUGGCAUUAAUAUGGGCCACUGCUAACCAGUACAGCAAGGUAGGGUCAGGUCACAUUGUUGAACAAAAAUACCCCUUUCACCAAGUUGUAUUAGAACAGAUCAAGCAGGAAGGAUUGAAUGAGUUGACUGUUCUUCAAAUAGCCGAGGAGACAGGUGUACUGGCCAAAGGCAGAGUAGAGGAGAUACAGAGGAAACCAAGUCUUUUAAAUGAGAAAACUGCAAAUGUUCCAGCCGAUAAGCUGGUUGAGUUCUUUAGGGCAGUGGAGAUCAGAUUCCCAUCAUGCCAGUUUGCUUUGCACAGCAUCAACAAAGACGGAUCCGUAGAAGAGCUAAAUAGAAGACCACCAAGAGAAAGUGGUCAGAGACGAGUGUCUCUGCUUUUGAAUGGUGGCUUCUGUCAAUACAUGUAUCUUGAUAAAAACAGUGUAGUGAGAGCUACAGAAAAGGAAGUAAGGCGUUUUCUGCAUUUCACUCCAUGUGAGCUGAACAAGUCUGAAGGAAGCUGCUACAUCCCAGGUUUCCUUUCAGAUCUUGUAGAAUCUAAACUAAAGGUCUGGAUUGAAAAUGCAUUCCAAGCACAAAGCAUGGAAAAAGAUCAUGAAUAUAUCUUAGAAAGUCAUGGAGUUGUACCUGUGGACUACAGCUGUACAGGGGUUGUGGAAAACUUCAUGAAAUGGAGUGAUGGUCUACAGCAGUUUCUGGAAAUGGAACAUGUGCUUAAGUUGAGUGAUAUGACCAUCAUCACCAACUACAUGUCCAACGUUGGUUUGCUUCAAAAGUACAAAAGUCAGAUUUAUGGACUGUCUGGAACACUUGGGCAACAAGCAGAGAUUGAGAGCAUGAGGAAAAUAUAUGAGGGUAUCAACACUUGCAAAAUCCCUUCAUACAAGCGCAGGAAGCUGUUUGAGGUUCAAGGAGUUAUCAUGAAGGAUGAAAGAAGAUGGAUCGAGAAAAUCUGUGAAGUUGUUGUUGAACAAAGUCAGUCUACAACCCAUGUUGGUCAAAGAGCUGUACUGGUCGUCUGUGAGACUAUCAAACUAGCAAAUACUAUUGAUCAAGCAUUAAAAGAGAAAGUCAAAAAUAAAAUGCUUUACAUAAACAACAACAGGGACAACAGUGCAAUCUUUGCCAAGGAGUUGGGUGCAGGAGACGUCAUCAUAGCUACAAACCUUGCUGGUCGUGGAACAGACCUUCAGGUUUCUGAAUCAGUAAAAGAUGCUGGGGGUCUAUUUGUUGUCCAAACUUUCCUGCCUAAAAAUGCUCGUGUGGAGGCUCAAGCCUUUGGCCGAGCAGGGAGACAAGGAUCUCCAGGAUCAGCUCAGUUGAUUAUCAGUUCCAGCCAUCUCACAAAGCCCCUACAAUUACUUAUUUUAACAACAAACAUUCUGUCUUUUAUUGAAAACAUUCUCUCUUCAUCUUGUCAAAAGCUGUUUCUUCUGCAGUUGAGGCAUUAUCAGAGAAGCCACUCCUGGGAGGAAAGUCAAGUUAUUUCCUCACUGCUGAACCAUGUUUUGGCUGAAAACUCCAACACAGAUAUGAUGAUUGUUAAAGAGAUCAGAGAUGCAUCAGUGGCUGAAGAACUGUCAAACUACGUGGAGUGCCAUCUUCCAGAAAUAAAGAAAAAGGAAGAACUCUUUGGGCAGUACCUAGAAACAUUGGAUCUGCUCUACAAAAGCAACGGCAACAAGCCAUCUGAAUCAGAUGUGUCUGCACUCAAUGAGUUUUGGGGAAUGUGGCUUCUUACAAAACUUAACAUGGAACAGCCCAUCACUGAACUGAAAAAAAGCCUAAAAGAAGACCUAGAAAAAGCAAUGCAAAAACUCAAUCAGAAAGAAUCUCCUUUAUCAAACCUCCACUACUACACUGCUUAUGCCAGUGAGCUAAAAGAAAAGAAAAAGCUUUCUGAGAGUGUCAGCAUGUUCACUAAAGCCAUAAACCAGGACCCCUGUUGGGCAACGGUAGCCUAUUACAAUCGUGCUUUUGCAUCUUUAACCAGUCAGAACAGGAACCAGGAUCCUGCAUGCCUCAGCCAGGCUCUGGAGGAUUUGCAAAAUGCACUUAAAUCUCUUGACCACUACUGUGAACAACUUAAGGUCACACAUAAAUAUGGCAGACAAGAAAUCGUGAACGUUAGGAGCAGUCACAUCACCAGGUUUGAUUUGCACCUAAAAGCCAGAGCAACUGUUCUCAUGUCCUUAAAAGCCAAUAUUCAUCAAGCUGUAGAAAAGAUAAAAAUGGUAAGAAGGAUGGAUGGUUUUCUUAAAGUAGAAGAGAAUCUAGUGUAUUUCUUGGCUCCCCCAGAGCACAUUCUGACUGUGAUGCUCUACAUGAUGGUAUCAGAGGAAAUUCAUUCCAGUGACCCUCUGAAGAAACAGCAGUUUAUCAGUAAUCCCAUCUUUGACAUCUUUAUGGAAAUCAAGAGUGUACAAUCUAUGGGGCUGAGUCAUAUUUAUACCUUAGAGUUAUUGUCCUCUGGCUUUUUUUCAAGGAUCUGUUCAAAAUUGCGUAAGGCGUUUGAUUGAGUUAAAUAACAGUGAAUCUGUAAAUAGCUAACCACAGAUGUUAACCAAGAAUCUAAAUGUGAAAUUAUUUAAUCUCACAUUUAAAUAAUUUUAAAUGUGAGAUUAAAAUGAUCUCACAUCUCACAUAUAAUGUAUAUGCAAUGUAUAUACAUUGUAUAUAUACUGUAUAUACAAUGUAUAUAUAUUGUAUAUAUGUUGUAACAUAACCACACAUUGUAUAUAAUGUGUAAAAAACUAACAAAAAAAGAAAGAAUAAUUUCCCUAACUGAUGUUUUUACAAUACUCAUAUAGGUUAUUGUUAAACACUCACAGCAAAUGCUGUGACGUAAUAGACAAGAAAACAUUAUAGGCAACAGAGAAAAAUGAAGACUGAAAAAUAUACCCCCCAAAAAUAGAAAGAUAUCUGCACAACAAUGUGAGAGAAUAAAUGUUAUUUUUUGCACUCCUAGACAUUCAAAGUAAAUAAAAUUGAGGGCUAAAAGCAGUGUAUUUUGCCUAUAUGUCCCUUUUAAGAGACAUGACCAGCAAUCAGUAAUUUAGUUUUUUGUGAUUUCAUCUUCUAUAAAUGUGCUGAUUCAUUUAAAAAAAAAAAAUGCAUGUGAAACUCCAAAUAAAGUGAGGAAAAAGUCUGUUUUAGAGGCCACAUUUUCAAAAUGAAGCAGGUUUUUUUGUUUUUAACAUAAUUUUCAGCCCCAGAAAUGAGAAACAUGCUGCCACCUGGUAGACAAAUGCAGAACUGAAGUUAAUUUGCAGUUGAACAAAGCCUAAUAUUUCCCCAUGAGCAUUAACUUUAACAAAAUUAAGUAAAUUUGAAUUGAAUGUCAGUUAAACACAGUAGGGGCAUUUUUCCUUUAGCUGCUUGGUAAUGUAAGGAAAACGAAGAAAUUACUUGGUGAUGCACGAUUGUUUCAGUUCAUCUUGAGGGUGCAGAAGAAAAUCUUAGGGUUUGCAAAAACCCCUAAGAUUUUCAAGUGUUUUAGACAUAAUGAUUGUCUUGGGAAGGUUCUCAAAAAUCUCCAGCCAUGUUCUAAAAGCUUGUAAAAAAUAUGAUUUUGUAACAUAACCACUGUUUUUGUUGCUUUUGUCUGAAUAAAUUAAAGAGUAAAUGUAUCAAACUGUUUUGUGGAACAGUUGCUGUUAUUUCAUUGUUACAAUUAUUCCGAAUCUCCACUGUUUAAAACUGAUUUCGGGCAGCAUCAUGCUGGUUUUGGGUGUGGUUGAAAUUAGUGAAUUAAAAUGGGGCGAUGUGCGUCGGCGCGCAGCGGCGGAACCGGAGAGGAAGACGCACACCGUCAGAUCUGUGCAGCGGGAGAUUUGACUUGAUUGGACGUUUAAGACAAGUUAAAAAAAAAAAUCUAAGAAAAGAGAUAAAACAGCAAUCAAAGUUCGCCACAGCGCCGCAAAUCGUGCAUUUAGAAACCGGAUCGGAGCUUGUACCCUGUGCGAGAGGACGGGAAGCAAGACGCUCCCGGUGAGAUCAGGACUUUACUUGUCUUUUUGGGGGUUCUUGGUGGUACCACUCUUUUUUCUUAUCUUUUUGGGGGGGGGACGUUGACAUUUUGAAUUUUUCACUUUGGAUUAAAACAGAGAGAUACUUCCAGGAUUUGUUUUGUCUUUUGAGGAUGUGGAACUCCUUUGCGGACAUUAUUCUCUUUAAAAAAAAAGAACAGGAAAUUUUGGACAUUUAAUUAUUUAGUUUUUUUUUUUGCUGAUAUAAACAGAGUGAUUG